CCGAUAACAAAGAAUAUUGCUCCACCAUUUAUGUUCGGAUGCUCUGGUUUUUUUUCUUCCCUUAUCUUCAGAUACUUCGAUACCAAAAUAAUCGAUUGGAUUGUAGUGGAGCAGAAUUCCCGAGUUGAGCGAUCCAAACGACGAAGAGAAUAAGAAACUGACCGGCGGCGGGAUUGGACGGCGAUUAGGCGCGCGACGGUUGUUGGUUCAUCAUGAAGUUCUGGAAGAGUCUCAGCAUAUUGAUCGAGGAUACGCUGCCCGAAUGGAGGGACAAAUUCUUGUCUUACAAGGACUUGAAGAAGCAACUGAAGCUGAUUUACCCUAUGGACGGAGAUAAGCCGCCCAGCAAGCGGUUGAAAUCGGAGAACCACGCCGCCGACGGCUUGGAUUGUAGCGGAGGCGGAGGAGAUGUGACGAAAGAAGUGAUCAAUUUCGUGAGGAUCUUGGAGGAUGAGAUGGAGAAGCUGAAUUCGUUCAUCGUUGAGAAGGAAGAAGACUCUGUUAUCAAGUGGAAGGAGUUGCAAGAUAGGGCUGCAGAGGCCAAUGGCUCAAAAGAUGAGCUGAUGAGAGUAGGCAGAGAGAUAGUAGAUCUACACGGCGAGAUGAUUCUACUGGAGAAUUACAGUGCCCUUAACUACACUGGAUUGGUGAAGAUUCUGAAGAAGUACGACAAGAGAAGCGGCGCUCUACUUCGAGUCCCUUUCAUUCGAACGGUCAUGCAACAGCCUUUCUUCACUACUCAAGUGCUUAACAUGCUUGUGAAGGAAUGCGAGGCAACACUCGAAAACCUCUUCCCCAGGAAUGAACCACCGCCAUCAUUGGUAGCCCCACCGGAACCCUCGGGUGGGGAAGCUAUAAUGACCACCACGGAGGAGAGGUCGUUUAGGGUGCCGAAUGAGCUGAACGAGAUUGAGAAUAUGGAGAGCAUGUACAUGAAGCAGACAUUGUCUGCUUUGCGUGUGUUGAAAGAGAUCCGAAGUGGGAGCUCGACGGUGAACAUGUUCUCGUUGCCACCCAUGCAGAGCCAUGCCGCUCUGGAGGAAGACUGGAAGAAGGUCUCCGUGUUGGAACAAGCUGCGAAGUAGGAGGAUUACACUGUAAUAAUUAAUUUGCAUUGCAGAAGUUUGGAAGCAUUUCUGAUUCUCUAGACGUUUUGGCUUUUACCUAACCUGCUGUGUAUAUUGCUUUGCUUUCUCCCGGAGCUUGUGGAAUUUUAACCGUUUCUAUACUACAGUCUACAGAAAGUUGAAUCAAUGUAUUACAUUUUGAUCUGUGCGUGAGGUCAAAAUGGCCUUACUACAGUUUAAGGUAAUAAUACUAAACUCGUGAGAAAGUCGUAGGAAACAUUACUCUGGUUUUGAUCAACUAUGUACACUUGUAUGGUGGAAUGUCCAGAUAUGUAUUGUAUCACAACAUGGUUAGAAAUAAAACCAACAGUAAAUCAAUAG